CGGUUGCGGCUCCGGUGGCCCCCGCACCUUGAGGGAGCUUCCGCCGCUCCUGGCUGUGCGGGGCCCACCCCGGGUAAGGGCAGUUUCGCUCACAGACCCCCAGGAAGCCCUUCCCCUGCCCAGGUGGCGGAUUCCCGCCUCGGCGGUGCAAUCCAGGCUGGGCUGGGGCGAGUGGCUGAGCCCCUUCCUGCGGCAGAGGGGCCAGGCAGGGCGGCUCUGCCCCCCGACCUGAAGAAGAGUGAAAGCUCGAAAGCUUGUACCUUGCACCAGCAGAAGUUGGUUCAAUAAAAGGACAAAAGCUGCAAGCAAACCACAGGCUGCAGAAGGGAUGGAAAACUCCUCCGAAUGCUUUUUUUGAAUACUUGCCAUUCUAUGAAUACUUAAUUAUACAGGUCCCAGCUUCUCUUUCAUGCUGUGAACCAAGGAGCAGAGAGAGACGACCACAGAACCUAAACAACCAGUACUUGAAUUCAGGAACUGUGUCUGUAGAUAGGCGGAGUGGCCUCCCUCUGACGCUGACCAGGAACCACUCCCUGCCCUGUGGUGGACGGAGCCAGGCCAGGCCCACCCUUUGCGCCAGAAGCAGAGGGGUGGAACAGGAAGUAUAAGAUGUGGGGCCUCCAGCUCAGUUGAGGGAGAGCCAUGGAAGGAGUUGGAUGCCUCUGCCUUACUGCUGACCCUUGAGCCAGAGACUGAGCUGUACCAAUCCCUGCCCCUGGAGGAAUACCCCGAGGAGCUGCUGAGUACCCUGAGGAACCUGAGGGCCCGUGAGCGACAAAGCCCUUUGAACAGGUGUUUGCAAAUUGCUGAAUUAUUUGCUCCGUUAUCUUCCCAGGUACUGAAGAUGGAUAUAAUUAAAUAUACAGAUAGAAGUAUGGGAUUGGACGACAGCAUUACUUUAUACUGUUGGUAGAACCCUUUGAAGAAAAGAAAUAUUCAGUAUAAAUAGAUAAAGAGUAAGAGAGAAGUGGUGGAACUGCAACUCACUACACUAACUUAUAUGAACCAACAGUUAUUUAUGCCACUGGGAGGCUGAAAGUCCUGGAAACAUGUUGUGUAAGAAAUGACAGAGAAUUUGCAAAGCUGUUGCCUAGCAAAUUGGAAGAUGGAGAUGGAGCUAGAUCCCGCUAAGGAUGACCUACCCCUAAUGGCCAACACACGCCACAUGCUCGUAAAGCAUUAUGUAUUGGACUUAGAUGUGGAUUUUAAAAGCCAAGUUAUUGAAGGCACCAUAGUUCUCUUUUUUGAGCCUGGGAGCAGAUGCAAAAAAGGAGGCAGUGCUGGGGAAGGAGCGUGCCUUUCACAGUCAGAUGAAACAUGCAAAAUUAGGGCAUCUGAACCUUGUCACAGUCCUGUGACAAAUGUAAGUGCCCGCUCAUCUAAAACAGGAUAUAAUGAUUUUGCAGUCUGUGCUAAAGGUGAAAAAGAUACUUCUGAUAAAAAUGGUAACCAUAGCAACGGGGAACAGGCUUCUGGGAUUUCUAGUUCAAAGAACUGCUGUGACAUAGAGAAUCAUGGGAGUGAAGAUUUUUUGCUGGUAUUGGACUGCUGUGAUUUAUCUGUGUUAAAGGUCGAGGAGGUAGAUGUUGCUGCUGUGCCAGGUAUUGAAAAAUUUACAAGGUCUGCCAAGCUAACUGAUGCUGAAGAGCUGAGAAAUCUUAGGAAUCAGAUUGUACAUGAACUUGUGACUUUACCUGCGGAUCGUUGGAGGGAACAGCUAUACUAUUACACCCGCUGCAGCCAGGCGCCUGGUUGUGGAGAGCUUCUGUUUUCCACUGGCACUUGGAGCUUGAUGAUAAGGAAAGCAGAGGUUCAAGCACCAAGAGACUUUCCUUGUGCGAUAAGGAUAUGGUACAAAACAAAGCCAGAGGGAAGAUCAGUUACAUGGACCACAGACCAGAGUAGCAGGCCAUGUGUUUAUACGAUGGGGUCUCCAAUAAACAACAGGGCCCUUUUUCCAUGUCAGGAGCCACCGGUUGCCAUGUCAACAUGGCAAACCACAGUCCGAACAGCUUCUUGCUUUGUUGUCUUAAUGAGUGGUGAAAAUUCAGCAGAACCAGCACAACUUCAAGAAGGUCUCUUAAGUUGGUACUAUUAUGUGACCAUGCCUAUGCCAGCAUCCACCUUUACUAUUGCUAUUGGGUGUUGGACAGAAGUUAAACAGGAAUCCCACACAGCUGACGUCCGGACAAAUAACGAGUUUUCCUCUCUGUUUUCAAGGGCUGAUCUCAGGUUGAUUGAAGGGAGCUGUGGUCAUGUGGCGUAUCCUUGCCGUUUCCAAAAUCCUGCUGCCAGUUCUCAGCUAGUCAUUCCUCAUCGAGUCUUUGCUCCAUGGUGCCUUAAGGAUCGCUGUGCAGAGAUCCUUCUUGAGCUGAUUCCUCAGUGCCUCUCAGCUGCUCAUGCUACACUUGGUACCCACCCCUUUUCCAGGCUUGAUGUGUUGAUAGUCCCUUCCAACUUUUCCAGUCUGGGAAUGGCCAGCCCACACAUCAUCUUCCUGUCACAAAGCGUAUUAACUGGAGGGAGCCAUCUCUGUGGAACACGUCUGUGCCACGAAAUUGCUCAUGCUUGGUUUGGAUUGGCCAUUGGUGCUCGUGAUUGGACUGAAGAAUGGAUAAGUGAAGGGUUUGCUACUUACUUGGAAGAUGUAUUUUGGGCAGUAGCACAACAGCUGCCACAUGACGAAGCAAGAGAGCAGCAGGAGUUGAAAGCUUUGCUACGCUGGCGACGGCUCAGAGAUGAGGUGCAGAACUCUGAAGAAGAGCUGCAGGUAUUAAGGCCAAACAAAGAGAACACAGGAGAAGUGAGUGAGUCUGGAACAUGCAUAAUCAAACACGGUCUUAAUGCAGAAAAAAUCUUCAUGCAGGUUCAUUACUUGAAGGGCUAUUUCCUUCUGCAAUCUCUAGCCAAGAGAAUUGGAGAGGCUACAUAUUUUGAAUUUUUAAGAAAGUUUGUGCAGAAGUUUCAUGGACAACUGAUCCUUUCUCAGGAUUUUCUUUACAUGCUGCUGGAGGACAUCCCAGAACAAAAAGGGUACGGGCUAUCUGUUGAAAAUAUCAUCCGGGCCUGGCUUGACACUUCUGGAAUACCAAAGCCUUUGCUGGAAGAGUGUCAGACUUGGGACCAGUGUCGAUUAGUCCGGCAAGUGAAUGAUGAGGUCACAAAAUGGAUUCAAGUAAACCAGAGAGCCAGAAAAAGGAGCAAAAGGAAACGAAGGCAGGAUGAAGUGGCUUUCCAAAAGCUUCUCCCGGACCAGCUGGUCUUACUUCUGGAAUCUCUGUUGGAGGAGAAGACGUUAUGUCUCAGAACUCUGCAGUGCUUAGAGAAAACAUACCACCUUGAUGAGCAGGAUUCAGAGGUUCGACAUCGAUGGUGUGAGCUUGUUGUUAAACACAAAUAUACAACAAGAUAUGCUGACAUUGAGAAAUUCCUCAAGGAAGAUCAGGCUAUGGGUGUUUACCUGUAUGGAGAAUUAAUGGUGAAUGAAGAUGCAAAACAACAGGAACUUGCCUAUAAAUGCUUUGCUGCAACACAAAAACAAAUGGAUGUGUCCUCAGCCAAAGUGGUGGCAGAGAUGUUAUUCUGAAGAGAAUGCUAGCACUCUGCGGACGUCUAGUGUGUGAAGGGAGGCCUCCCUGUUGUCAGCAUGCGGUCUGGGGAAAAAUACAGAACAGUGUGUCUCAAGUCCCAUCAUCCAUGGAUUAGCCAGGCCUUGAGAUAGAAUACUGAAAUGUUGGGGUGCCGGAGGCAUCCUGCGUCAGCAGAUGAAGCACAAGGGGAAGGGUUCGUAAUGGUGUCACUGCCAUCUGUUUCAGGGACUUAGAUUCCAAGUGUCUUUAAUGUUGCCCAGGAGUCCUUCAAGGUAUGCAAGGAGAUGUCUGUGCCUGCUGCAAACAAUUUUUGGCCUUCAAAAGGAAACAAAGAGCUGAGAAGAACUCUGAAAGGCAUUUUUUUGACCAGGUAAAAAGCCAAAAGCCAUAUGUUCAUCCAGAGUGCACAGCCUUCAUUCAUCUUUGUGAGCAUGUGACAUUUGGAAGGGAACAGGUGUAAAAGACCUUCCAAUACAUGACUGAUAAGAGCUUAUUUGGAGGGAACCUUUUUGUCGGGACCAGAUGGAAAAACGUUUGAUUAACCAGAUAAGUACCUCUUCUCGAAGCUUUAUACUAUUCAGAAGUACUUUCUAUAUGUUCUUAGAGCAAGCCCUUUCCAAUGGUGUUAACCAUGAAGCAUCCACUCUGUCAAAUGGAGGGCUUGCAGGUUGGGGUUCAGCAGAUACCGAUGGCCCUGGGAAAUCAUACAUAGAUUCAACGGGAGAGAUAAUGGAGGUCUGACUGACAAGGUUGAAUACCAGUGUUGCUGAGGCAAUGCUGGUGCUAUAAGUAUGAGGUGAGCCUGGUCUUGGACAAGACUCUGGGCAGUAAUGGAAUCGGAGGUAAGGCAUAUAGAAAGGAAUUCUUCCAGGAUAGCAGGAAUGUGUCUGUCAACAAACCUGGACUGUAAACAGGAUGGCAUUUUCUAUUGGCCUUUUUUGCAAAGAGGUCCACCAGGGGAGUCUUCCACAGCUGGUACAUGAAUCUGGCCAUGUCCAGAGACAGCAAACACUGAUGGUGAUCAGGGAAGAACCUGCUCAGCUGAUCUGCCAAUGAAUUCUGCAUUCCUGGAAGGUAAGGAGCUCUGAAGUGAACCAAACUGACUAUGCAAAAGUCCCACAGGUCAAUCAUCUUCUGGCACAGCUGUGUCAAAUGCAUCCCUCCCUGCAUGUUUACCUAAAAUAUAGUUGCUGUGCUGUCUGUUAAUACUAGCAGAUUUUUUCCCCCUUGAUAUGCAAAAGGAGGGCUGAACAGACUAGAUGGACAGCUCACAACUCUCUGACAUUUAUGAGAGUCUUCAGUUCUUGGGAAGACCACAGACUUUGAGUCUACAGGGACCCUGUAUGUGUCCCACAACCAGGGAUGAUGCAUCUGUGAUUAAAGUUCAGCUUCAAUCACCUGCUCUUCAUCUAUGAGCUAAUCUCAUCCAAACACUGGACAACCUUGAUGGCAGAGGUAUAAGCAAAUCUACAUAUCGUUAAUUGUAUUCAAGUGCCUAGUUAAAAAUAAUCUGCUGGGAGAUACAAGACUUGAAAACGUGGAGAACCAAGUUCUCAAUAGAAAUAUGAGAACUGUCAAGCAACACAAAGACAAGAAUAUAACCGCUUCUAAAAACUCUGAGCUGAGAACUUCUUGCGAUCCACCUCCAUGAUAGGUUUCUCUAGGACUGGACAAUCAGAUCCUUAACUAUUCUGCUGACAAUGCACAAGAAGGAAUAUAACCCUGCUCUCUCUCACCGCUGUAUAAG